CCGUGUAUGUGCUCACUGCUCAUUGAAUGCAUUUCUCAACAGCACGCGGAGAGAGGUUCGUCUUAGUGGUCGCACAGCCUUGUUCCCCGGCUGACGCGACAUACCUUUGCCUUAAAAAAAAAACGUUGCGAAACCAUAGUGUACUGUGUGCCUGUGUGGAACUGACAUAUAAAAAAUGAAGUUAAAACAAGAGCUGCUGGUCCAGCCUGCUGGUGAGCUGUGGAAGAGCAUCCGAGUGGAGCUGAAGGAGGAUGUGACGACUCGUGACAGAGACCUGGCUGCCAUCAGGGAGUGGCUGAAGAAGCAGCCUCAUCUGCCUGAUGAUUGGGAAACGGGUCCCAUAAUGACCUUCCUGAGAGGCAGCAGCUUUUCCCUGGAGAAAUGCAAGAGGAAGCUGGACAUGUACUUCACGAUGAGAGCCGCCUGCCCAGAGUUCUUCACAAAGCGAGACGCCACCAGACCCGAGCUGAACGACAUUAUGACUAACAAAAUUCAAGGACCGCCGCUUCCAGGCAUCACACCAAAUGGCAGAAGAGUUACCAUUUGCAGAGGCAUCCACCCCGAUCUAACUUCACAGCAGAUCACAGACACUCUGAAGCUGGCCCUCAUGAUAGGAGAUGUGCGACUGACAGAAGAGAAGGAAGGUGUGGCUGGAGAUAUCUACGUGUUGGACGCUGCGGUGCUAGGAGCCAGCAUGCUGGCCAAGUUGUCUGCUGCCACUAUCAAGAAGUUCAUGAUCUGUGUUCAGGAAGCGUAUCCAAUCAAACUAAAGGAGGUCCACAUCAUCAACACGUCGCCGUUGGUCGAGCGAUUUGUAAACUUUGUCAAACCUUUCCUCAAGGAGAAGAUUAGGAAACGGAUCUACAUCCACAGGGAAGUGAAGGACCUCUACAAGUACAUUCCUCAGGAGAUGUUGCCCUCGGAGUACGGAGGCCAGUGUGGCAGUAUGGCUACACUGCAAGAACAAUGGAAGCUGAAACUGCAAGAAUACCGCGAUUGGUUCAAGCGCCAGGACAGCAUCAUCGCCAACGAAUCGCUCCGGCCAGGCAGACCUACCAACUACGACGAACUAUUCGGAAUCGAUGGUUCCUUCAGACAACUCUCAAUCGAUUGAUACAAAAUCGAUUUAAACGUCAGCUUGACAGCGUCACAUCACUAGAAAUGUCAAAAUGACAGAUGUGAGAUUGUCAAACUGACACCGUUUUGUAGGUUCGAAAUUUAAAUUAAGUUUUUUUUUUAAUCUGUGACUAGAUUGUGUACAGGGUGCGAGAAAUACUUUGUUUUGUUUUUUUUUAUUUUAUUUCUAUGAAUGUUUUGAUACAAAAGUGAUAUUAGUAUCUAGCUUGCAUCAAUUCUUACUUUACGAAUUAUUGUUUUUUACUAUCAUGAAUUAGCUAUUACAUCUUUAAGUGAGUGUAUUAUCAAAAUAUCUACCUAGACAAGAUAAAAGCACUACUGCCUAGUCCGUGUCAAAUAUGUGAUUUCUUGAUCGGCUCUUACACUACUCAUGGCAAGAACAAGGGUUGUGACAUGAUGUAUGAAAACAUUUAUCUAUUCUGCCCUUAACUAAAAUAAACUAGCUUUUGCCAGCGGCUUCGCCCGCGUUCCCGUGGGAUAAAAAAUCCUGUCACCCAAGUCAGCUCAUACCCUGUCUGUGUACAAAAUUUCAUUAAAAUCUGUUCAGUAGUUUCAGCGUGAUUGACGGACAAAAAUCCAAACAACCUACCUUUUUUUUUCUUUUAUUGCCCUCAAAUUAGUUCAUAAUAAAACAUUUAUCUGGAUAAUCGUACUAUAAUAGGUAAGAAUAUGGCCUGAAAAUUAUACACUCACUCAUAAAGAUAGCGCCUUCUGUUAAAAUCAUGCUACAUUUCACCUCAGAGCGACACAAUUCAUAAUCGUAGAACUAAAAGGGUACAUUAAGUUUAGAUUAGUAAAUAUAAUUCAUAUUUUGAUAUAAAUUAGAUCCUAUUAUUAUAUUAUUAAGUUGCAAUUUUAUAUAAUUACCUACUUUUUCACAUAAUUAAAUGCUUUAAACGCAAUGGUAAAAUUUUUAAAUAAGUAUUCGUAUAUACAUGUAAGAAUUAAAAAAUUAGGAGCUGUAUUGCAACAUGAAAUAAUACUGAAAUGAGAUUAUAAUGAAAUAAUAUAAACAAUAUAUGCUUUUAAUGUUAUUGAUAUUGCAAUAUUGUAUAAAAAAUAUAAAUAAUUUUAUCAAAAGAAAGAUGCUAGCAAUGAAAUUGCAAAAAAUAAACUGUGGUAUUUUAAUUAUUUUCAAUAAAAUUUUCUCAAAAAAUAUAA